UGUUGACACAUCCUGUAUCACAAGCUAAUUAACUCCACCCUCCCUUAGUUUCCCUCCACGAGCACAGUCCAAAAGGAUCUUGGCAGUGAAAUUCACCCCAGUGCAGAAGGAGCACCUUAUAGAAAACUCAGAAGAGGAACAGAACACUGUAAGAUGUUUUCUCCUUUCACAGCUUAUCGAUAAAAAUGAGAUUUUUGUUUUGUGCAUCUGUGUUUGAGCACCGAGAAAACUGAGAGAAAUAAAUCAAACAAAGGCCUCCAGAUCUACUUUGUAGCUUUCUGGCUAAUGUUUUUCCCCUGAUACUGGUGAUGGAAAACCAAAGCAGAAUCAGUGACCUGCUUCAAAGUGCCCUUGACGAUCUUCUUGAGGAAGACUUCAAAAGAUUUAAAGACAAACUAUCACAUUCUGGCUUUAAGGGAAAAGGUACCAUCCCCCGAGGUCGGCUGGAGAAGGCUAACAGGAUAGAUACUAAGAACAUCCUGAUGGCAUUCUAUGGUGGAGAUGCUGCAGUUGAUGUAACCAUAGAAAUUUUAGCUAAGAUCAAUGUCAGAGGGUCUGCUGCUAACCUCAAAAAAGACAGAGAGAAAGUUUUGCCACAGGAAAAGGUGAAAACAUCAAAAGUUGAAGAAGAAACAAGAGGGAAUGACAGACAAGGGGAUCUGGGACCCUGUGCAGAGAUACAUCACGCCAAGGAGCAGGGAGUUGAUAAUUUGUCUCUGAAAGGCUUUGAUUAUCAGAAAAAAUAUAGAGAACACAUACAAGAAGAAUACCAAGUAAUAGAAGAUAAGAAUGCUCGCAUGGGUGAACAUGUAAGUCUAGACAAAAGAUACACAGAACUGCUUAUUGUAAAGGAACAUCGGCAGCGGGAGGAGAAAGAACAUGAAAUAAUCACCAGAGGAAGGAAACACACAGAACUGAUGGCUCACCAGACCAGUCUCACUAAGAUUAAUGUUUUAUUUGAUCCUAGUAGAAAUCAACAAAGCCCAAAAACUGUUGUGCUGCAGGGAGCUGCUGGAAUUGGGAAAACAAUGACAGCAAGAAAGAUCAUGUUGGACUGGGCAGCUGGAAAACUCUAUCAGAAAAAGUUUGAUUAUGUUUUCUAUAUAAAUUGUAGAAAGAUAAAUCAUGUUACUGAAGAGCAAAGUGUUGCUGAUUUGGUUUUAGACAAUUGUCCUAAUGGAGAAGGACCAAUUAAAGAAAUCUUUGAGAAGCCAGAAAAACUCCUAUUCCUAAUAGAUGGUUUUGAUGAAUUGAGUUCUUUGCUAGACAUUGAUGAAGUUAGACUGUGCACUGACCCAUUUGAGAAGAAGCCAGUGAAAACUGUACUGUGCAGCUUAUUGAGAAAGAAAGUUCUUCAAAAAUCCUUCUUAUUGAUCACUACAAGACCAACUGCUCUGGAGAAACUAAAGCAGAAUUUAAAAUUUCCAUGUUAUGCAGAGAUAAUGGGAUUUUCUGGAGAAGAAAGGAAAGAAUAUUUCUAUAAAUUCUUUUGUGAUGAAAAGAAAGCAACACAAGCCUUUAAUUUUGUCAAAGAAAAUGAAAUGCUCUUCACCAUGUGCUUUGUCCCCAUUGUGUGUUGGAUCAUCUGCACGGUUAUGAAGCAACAGAUGGAAAAAAGGGAAGAUCUUUCACAAACUUCAAAAACAACCACCUCGGUAUAUUUGCUCUUUCUGUCCACUCUGCUAACUGAUCAUUUUGCUGACUUAAUACAACAGCCUAAAACUACUCUGUGGAACCUUUGCUCGUUGGCUGCAGAUGGAAUUUUAGAACGAAAAAUACUGUUUGAAGAAGGUGACCUGAAGAAACACAAUUUAUCCUUGUCUAACAUUCAGUCUCUCUUUCUGAAUAAAAAUAUUUUUCAGAAAGAUACAGAAUGUGAAAGUGUCUACAGCUUCAUUCACUUGAGUUUCCAAGAGUUUUUUGCAGCUCUCUUCUAUGUGCUAGAGGAAGAUAAACAGACAAUGACAAAAGAUGUGAACAACUUGCUAAAAAUUUAUGGACCAUCUAAAAAUAAUUAUUUGAUGUUAACAGUACGUUUCUUGUUUGGUCUCUUAAAUAAAGAGAGACUAAAUGACAUGAAGAAAAAAUUACAUUGUAAAACAUCAUCUAAAAUAAAGCUGGAUUUGUUGAAGUGGUUUGAAGCAGAAGCUAAAAACAUCUCCCUUCUGCCUUACAAGACCUAUGGGGAACUACGUGACCAGUUUGAGUUGUUUCAUUGUUUGUAUGAGAGUCAGGAAGAAGAGUUUGUGAAAAGCGCAAUGGAUAAUUUCCAAGAAAUUAGAUUGGAACACAUCAGGUUUACAACAAUGGAUGAAAUUGCUCUUUCAUUCUGUGUAAAGAACUGUUGUAGUAAGCAAUCACUUUACCUGUGUAAUUGUACUCUUGGGAUUGGAGAACGAGAAGAAGGAUGGAUAGCAAAGCUACGGAAAUGGUUAUUUCCUCUGAACCCACUGAUGAAAGAUCCAAGAACUUCAGCUGCAUAUGCAUUGUUGCAAGGACUGAAGGAUCCAAACUGUAAACUAAAGACAAUAUCCUUGUCCAGCUGCAAACUCUCAUCUGCUUUCCCUGAGGACCUCUCCCCUAAGACUCUCUUUACAAACCGGUCCCUGGAAAAGCUGGAUCUGAGUGCUAACACACUGGGAGACUCAGGACUGAAACAUCUGUGUGAGGGACUGAAACAUCCACACUGUAAACUGCAGACACUGCUGUUGUGGCAGUGCUGUCUCACAGCUGCUUGCUGUGGGGAUCUCUCUGCUGCCCUCAGUACAAACCAGUCCCUGACCGAGCUGGAGCUGAGUGGGAAUAAACUGGGAGAUUCAGGAAUUAAACUUCUGUGUGACGGACUGAAACAUCCCAGCUGUAAACUGCAGAAAUUAGUGGUUUGGGAUUGCCAUCUGACCGAUGCUUGCUGUGGAGAUCUCUCCUCUCUUCUCAGCUCAAACCAGUCCCUGAGAGAAUUGAACCUGAGUGGUAAUAAGCUGAGUUAUUCAGGAGUGAAGCUUUUGUGUGAAGGACUGAAACAUCCAAACUGCAAGUUAGAGAAGCUUGACUUGUCAGAAAUCUAUAUAGAUGAAAAAACAACCAAAGAAUUGGAAGUUUUGCUGCAGAUAAAACCUGGUUUGUCAAUUGUGCAUAAUGCAGCAUCCAGCCAUCAGAACCCAGCAAAUGGACAGGGCUUUUUGCCCAAGGGGGCACUGACCCUUGCAGAAGGGCUGGAAAGACUUAGGCUUACUAGGACCCCAUAAGACUGAGGAUGACCUCUGGUCUCUGCUCCUUUUGAAAGACACAAAUGAAUCCUUCGGGCACCUGGGCAGGCUGCAGAUCGGCACAUUUCUGAAUCUCAAAUCAGUCACCUAACUGUACAAGUUCAUUGUAUUAUGGCAGUAAUAGAGCUAGCUCAGAUUUCUUUCAGCUUCAUCCAUUCUAGGAAAUCUCCCUAUUCAUGGAGUAGCUUAAAAUUCACUUUAGCUGUUGAACUAUUUCUAAAGUUCCCACAGAAAUAAUUAUGUAGAAUAAUAAUAAUUAAUAAAUACUUAAUCAUUAAUAAUAUGCUCAUAUCUUGCCACUACAAGUGGAAUUUCCCAAACACUUCAAUUUUAAAUGAUUUUAAAUGAGUACGAGUAAUGAGGCAUAAAAGUCAGAAAUGGUUACAAGAAAAAUAGAGAUAAAAUGUUUACUGUUGCCUUACUUAAGAAGCUACAUUAGAUUCAAAGUCAAGUCCUCUCACCACAUGCUUCAGCAGUCUCACUGACCAGACUUCUUAGGUCAGGACCCCUUCUCCCAAGAAUCCAGCAAAUGCUUCCUUUGUCUUGUCGCUUCAGGUGCGGUGAAUGUGAUGGGCAUGGAGAGGGGGUGGACAUGGCUUGUGGUGUUUAUUCCUCCUUUUUAUAAUAUCAGUCUCUCUCUUGGAAAAUAUUUCCAGCUGAGAUCCUGGAGACAAAAAGUCUAUCAAGAUCUUAUGUUUUGUCCUGUGUUGGGAUUUUGUGGUUCCCAAUGAGUCAGAUGCUGGGCAGAAUCAAGGGACUUCGAUUCAAUGUGAUGCGAUUCAAUUCAACAAGGCUUUAUUCAAUGUGCACAAAGAGAGAGCCCCUGGUACAAAAAUCAGGCAGAGUCCCUCCAGCAAGGAGCCCCUCCCAUUGUUAUUUUAUAGCACAUGGCACUUACAUAACAAGUUACAUAACACAAACCUCUAACCAAUCAGAUUUAACAUUUCUGUAUAUGGAUUUGUUCAUCACAUGCUUAUACUUCUUCACUCCACAUGUUGAGCUCACCCCCUCCCCCUGACCUCUCUAGAAUGUUCCUAGAGUGGUGAGCCACAGCAUGCUUCCCUAUGCAUAAGCACCCUGCAAACCACAUCUUAUCCAAAAUGAACACAAGCAAACCCUUCAGCUCCCCCAUUUGGUUUUGGGGCUAAGAACAAUUCUUAGACCUCACUAACACCACUUCCGUGUAUUUAUUAGAGCAAUGAUUAACUUUAUCAACACUUAAUUUACUACAAUUUUGAGAACAGAAUUAAAUAAUACAUAAUGAUAUCUACAAUAAAAAUAAUAAUAACUCCCCAUACCCACUGCGAGAACACAACCAAAUCCAUCCCCAUGGAAUCUUUGUUUCCACAAUAGCAAACCCUUCUAUCCACUGAAUUACUAUAAUUGCCCUACCAAUAUUUUCUAAAAGGCUUAACACAAUAGGAAGAAUGAGAUGUUUAAGCAAGGCUUGCCUGCCAAAGUUAAUCAUCCAAAUCCACACCAGACAGUGGAGUCCUUCGUCACUGCUAUAUCAUCCACUAAAUCAAACAUUACAUGCACCAGUAAGUCAGGUCUCAACAUUUGAGAUAAGGCUUGUCCUGACUUCAGGUUUCCCAUACACAAAACCCAUCCUCCCAGGAUGGAAUAUUGGUCCCAUGGGAAAGCUAUAUAGUUAUCUCCGGCCCUUAUUUUACACAGGUGUCUGUGACAUGAGAAUGGGAGUGGGUGCACUGGCUGAGCCUCCAAUUCAGGAGCCCAACCCACAGGAAUUAACACCCCUCCAAGGUUGGAAUGAUCAUCCCAACAUGCCCUGUUAUCAAUAGAGACCACUCCCCUGCCACCAUCCAAGGUAUUCAGUCUUUGAGAACUGCAGCUCUCACCCAACAAGGCACCUGUGACACGAGCAAGUGGCCUAUCAGGGCUGCAACUUUCAUGUUGAACACCAGGAUGAUAACAUGCCAGGAUGAUAACAAUUUUUCCACACGCCUAGACCAAUGCUUGCUUAUACAUUUUAGUAGUUUUUAAUAGAUGGCUGAGUACAACAGUGAGGACCUGACCAACUGUGUUGCUGAGUUAAGGUAAUAUCUAACUUGAUUAGACAUGAGCCUGACUCUCACCACAAUAAACUGUCAUUCCUGCUACUAACAAAUUUUCAACCCAGUCCCUAUUAUUAGAUUUGAUAGCUUGAGUAAUGGCAUUUACAACUGAUCCAGUGGCUCCUCCCCAGGUGAUUACAUCAAUAAAACACUGAAAGCCACUGCAGCAUUAUUAAGAUGAGAUGUCUUAAAAAAACUUUCAAGUUUCAGAAACCACUCAAAACAAUUAGUAGACCACAAAAAUUCCUACAUCAAUUUUAAACUGGUGAAAACACUUAACAAUAUUAAGAAUGACUUUCCAGGAGUCCAUAGAGUAAACAGGGAUUAUUGUGCCCCAUGUUGAGUCUCACCCUUGUAUACUUUUACAUGUGACAGGUGCACCCAAACUGGAAUUCCAGUGACCUGGGCUGCUGAAGGAGUUACCAAGAGAACCAUGUGAGGCCCAGUCCAGGCUGGUUCAAAGAUUCGUUUUCUAUAGGCUUUCACCAUCACCUGAUCACCAGGCUGCACCUCACACAUAUCCUCUUCGCCAGCCUUUGGGUCUGGUUCAGUUCGGGGGUCCUGUGAGACACACUGAGAUAGCAAUUUGCAGUAUUCAACAAGCUGGUCACCCAUGACAUACAAUUCCCCCCCCUCUAAUGCACAGAUUUCCUGGCAUCCUCAUCGCCCGCCCUGUCAGCAUUUUAAAAGGUGAUAAGGAAUGUGGAUUAGUAGGACUGGCUCUCAUAGACAUGAGAACCACUUGUAGGUUGGUGACCCAGUCUUUCCCUGUAAAAUGGGUACCUUGGUCACUAUCAAUGAAGCAUGGAAGUCCCCAUCGGGGAAUUAUUUCGGUCAUCAAUAUUUUAGCUACAUCAAACACAGUGGCCUUGGCCACUGGGAAAGCUUCUACCCACUUAGUAAAGUGAUCCAUGAUCACCAGAACAUAUUCUUUUCCUCUGCACCAUGGCAGGGGCCCAAUUAAUUCUAUUUGUAACUGCGUGAAGGGUUGUGUUGGUCUUGGCUGAUGUUGCAUUCUCAUUUUCACUGUGGGAACAGAAUUAUAUUGAGCACACGUUACACACCUCCUCACAUAAUCAUGCACAUUUGCAUUAAGCUUAAGAUACCAUCAGGUGUUCAACAUCCGGUGGAUCACCCUCUGUGCUCCAUCAUGUCCCAACAUGUGAUACACUUGUACCAUAGUUCCCAUCAGCACAUUUGGUAACACUAAUGUGUUCCCUGGACCUCUCCAAGUGUUAUCAUCACACAGUUUGCCCCCACUAUCCAUCCAUAACCACUUCUCUGGCCUUGGUGCAGCACGUUGGAUGUCCUGUAAUUCAAAAAAGUUUGGUGUUUUUAUGAGAGGCUGUGUUGCUGCAAUCAGUUGCGUCUCUUUACCUUCCACUGCUGCUUGUUUAGCUAGUUUGUCUGCUCUUUGGUUCCCCUUGCUAUGAGGGUCUGUCCCUUUUGUGUGGGCCCUCACUUUUAUCACUGCUACUUCGGUAGGUUUCUGCAUGGCUUCAUGAAGUUUCUCCACUAUCCCCCCAUUUUGUAUUGGGGAUCCUGUACUCGUCAGGAAUCCCCAAUUUACCCACAAGUUAAUAUAAUCAUGUAUAGCCCCAAACGCAUAUUUAGAAUCAGUAUAUAUGUUUACAGCAUGACCUUCCACAGCUUCACAUGCUGCAACUAAUGCCUGUAGUUCUGCUACUUGUGCCGAUGCUCCAGGUAAACUGCCAUGCGCCACCAGCUGCCCAUCUUGAGUACAAAUGGCCCAUCCUGUGUGUUGCUUGCCGUCCACGUAGAAGGAAGAACAAUCCACGUAUAGGCAAGGGGCACCAGGUAUUUCAGUUUCUUUUACCAAUGGAAGGUCCAUGGGCUCUUCCUUAAGGCAACAAUGAUGCGGGUGUCCCUCAUCUGGGGUAGGCAUGAGGGUGGCAGGGUUUAGCAAUGACGCUCGUUGCAGAUGUACCGAAGGCAUUAGCAAGCUUGUUUUCCAUCGAGUCCAUCUUGCCACAUGGAUUGCCGAAGAUUUCUUUCCUGAUAAAAUAGCAAGGACAGCGUGAGGCACGACAAUAUUUACAUCCUGUGCACCAAUAAGUGGUGAGGCCUGAAUUAGGGUCAUAGAAGCUCCUUCCACUGCCUGGAGGCAUGGUGACAUUGCUUGAGCGACAGCAUCUAGUUUAGUAGAGUAGUAUGCUACUGGGCACUGUUUGUCCCCAUGUUUUUGCAUUAACACUGCUGCCAUAUGUCCCUCACUGACAUGCGUGUACAAUGUAAAGGGCAUUAAUGGAUUAGGAAGUCCCAACCCUGGGGCAGUACUUAGCCUCUGCUUCAAUGUGGUAAAUGCCUGUUCACAUACAAGUGUCCAUUCAAUUGCAUCAUGUUGUCCGCCAGCACCCUUCAGUAGAUUAUUAAAGGGCUGGACAAUCUUUGAAUAAUUUGGGAUUUGAGUUCGGCAGAAAUUGAAUAGCCCCAACACUUUUCUAACUCCCCUGACCGUAACUGGUCGUGGGCAUGCAUUAAUAGCCUCAAUGCAGGCAACAGUUAAAUGCUUGUACCCCUUGGAUAUUAGAUACCCCAGAUAUGAUACUUCCUUCUUUGCAAUCUGAGCCUUUCUAGCAUUACAUUUUACCCCACUGUCUGCCAAGUGCUGCAGGAUCUCUUCUAAGUCUUUCAUGUGUGUUUGGCAAUCUGGUGAGGAGAUAAGAAGAUCAUCAGCAUACUGUAUAACACAAGAAGCCAUGUCUGGCAGCUUUGCCAGCACAUCAGCUAACGCUCUAUGAAACAAAGUAGGUGAGUUAUAAAAACCCUGGCUUAGGCGAGUAAAGGUAUAUUGCUUCCCUUUAACAGCAAAUGCAAACCAAAAUUGACUGUCAGGGUGCACAGGAACAGACCAAAAGCCAUCGCUAAUGUCCAAGGCUGAAAACACUAUGUGAUCAUCAAAAGCAUGUAAGCCUCCCUCUACCAUCCACUCCUGUACCUUUUCCCAGAAGGGUAGGUUUGGGUUAUUAAGCUGCAAGGAUGGCAAUUCUUUUAACAUGCUCUGCAAGUCAAAUGGACUCAUAGGAGUGUGCUCUAGGCGACUAACAGUAGCAGGGUCCCCUUCCCCUUUAUUAGGAUUAGUGUGCACUCUCACCGGAGCCAUGGAACUAGACUGAUAUCCCCAUGUUCCACAUACAGGGUCCAAAGGUGCUGAGGGACAAGAUCUCUUUCCCUGCAAGUCUGCUUCUUUAUACUUUUUUGCUUCUGCUUGCAGUUUUUCUACCUCUGCUUCUAACUCUCCCACCCUUCCUUUUAGCAUAUCACACUUUCCAACCAGUUGUUCAUAAUCAACAAUUAAACACAUACCAGCCAUUUUAUCCUUCUUUAUUCCAGUCAUACAGCCAAAAUAUCUCCACAGGAAAACUAAUAAACUUACUGCUACAAUAGUUAUCAAAUCACUAACCAUAUACUCUUCAUAUUGUGGAUCACUAUAUCCCUUCAUCUUUCCCCUUUUUUUUAAACCUAAAUAUCCUCCAAUCUCCAAACUUUUAAAUACAAUUCUGUUUACAGACUAAUAACAAUUUAUUCAAAUCAAACACUUCAGACUGAAAUGCCCAAUCAGCAGAUUAAUCCUUUUUCCAAAUUAUUUGAUCUGCACAGUUACAAUUUCCAAUUAGGAGAUCUGGGCUAGCCAACACAUUACCUAGAGGUACUUAUGGCUAUACCUGCCCCUACACUAACUGUUGGACCUUAUAGGCCUCUUUGAUUUCCCACUUCAACAACACUUAGUCAGAGGAACUUACAGCUUAACCAGCCCCCACAAUAAGUACAAUGUCUUAAGACUGCAACAAACCCCUCAAUUCCCCAACAGCAAGACUUGCUUACUACAAAAGGUAUGAGAGUCACCAGUCAGGUCAGAGACACACAACCAAAUAAAAAAUGAACAAACUUACCUUCUAAUUUGAUUGUAGGUCGUGAUCCUGAAGGAUAUUUCUCACCCUGCUCGCUGCGCCAAGAAACUGUUGGGAUUUUGUGGUUCCCAAUGAGUCAGAUGCUGGGCAGAAUCAAGGGACUUCGAUUCGAUGUGACGUGAUGCAAUUCAAUUCAACAAGGCUUUAUUCAAUGUGCACAAAGAGAGAACCCUUGGUACAAAAAUCAGGCAGAGUCCCUCCAGCAAGGAGCCCCUCCCAUUGUUAUUUUAUAGCACAUGGCACUUACGUAACAAGUUACAUUACACAAACCUCUAACCAAUCAGAUUUAACAUUUCUAUAUAUGGAUUUGUUCAUCACAUGCUUAUACUUCUUCACUCCACAUGUUGAGCUCACCCCCUCCCCCUGACCUCUCUAGAAUGUUCCUAGGGUGGUGAGCCACAGCAUGCUUCCCUAUGCAUAAGCACCCUGCAAACCACAUCUUAUCCAAAAUGAACACAAGCAAACCCUUCACCUGCAACUUGGUGAAAUGUACUGUAAUACUGGCAAACGUAAUUAACAUUUAGAAAAAUAUUUGGUGUACAUCUUAUGUAAAAUUGCUU